AUGGUAACGUUUUUGUUUGUAACUUGGUUGAUAUUUUCUUCAUUUCUGCCUCUCAUUACUGUUUUGUCAAUAACUGUGCCAACAAAGUAUGGAAAGGUAGAAGGAUGGACGACCUUCUAUCCAAAUGCAACAGGCGAAUUUAAAUCCGUGAGCAAGUUUCUUGGCGUUCCUUUCGCCGCUCCACCAACGGGAGAGCUGAGAUUUAAAGCCCCACAACGGCCAAAAGCCUGGAAACCGAACGUUCGCCCUGCUAAAAGCCAUGGAAAUAUCUGCUUGCAAUGGAAGACUUAUGAAUAUCUUGUCAAGCCGUUUGCUUCAGAUUUCUCCUACAGCGAGGACUGCUUGUACCUUGAUGUCUACUCUCCGAACGUCAAUGCUAGUCUACCUGUUCUCGUUUACAUUCAUGGUGGUUCCUAUCUGUAUGGAACAGCAAUCUCAUUUCCUAGUGACAUCCUGGCCCUACAAGGGGUUGUAGUCGUUGUGAUCCAGUAUCGUCUCGGUCCAUUUGGGUUUUUGACCUCCGGAGAUUCGGCGUCACCCGGAAACUUUGGAAUGUUAGAUCAGGUCGAAGCAUUGAAGUGGAUCAACGACAACAUCAAAAAUUUUGGUGGAAAUCCCGGAAAGGUUACAAUAUUUGGUGUAAGCGUUGGUGGAUCAAGCGUUUGCCUUCAUUUGAUGUCUCCUUUGUCAAAGGGACUCUUUCACCAUGUCAUUGCAGAAAGCGGAGUAGAUUUGUCUUCCUUUGCAAUUCAACCGACUUCGAUCGGUGUCAGUCAUGCUAAAGAACUUGCAAAAAAUUUGGACUGCAGCACGAGUGACCUUAACGCUAUGAUGGAGUGUCUGCGUGGCAAGAAGGCCAGUGACAUUUUGAAGGCAUCGUUUUUAAAAAACUUUAGAUUCCAUGAUUAUCUGCCCUGGGCUCCAGUUGUGGAUAAUUACUUUCUUCUUGACACUCCUUAUAAACUGAGGAAAGCGAAAUCCUUUAGACAAGUGCCGCUAAUGAUAAGCUUUAACAGCCACGAAGGUGCAACGACACUCGGUUACAUGGUGAACGCUUCCUUUGGCCUUAUGCAGAACGUGAAUAGUGGAGUCAAACUGAAUUUGUUUAAAGAUUUUGUAAGAAAGCUUGCAAACUCGAGAAAUAGUCGGUGAGUCAAAAUUGCAUGUUUAAUUUCAGACCUUCACAGCCAUAAAGUGCAUCUCUUAGGACAAUUUGGGCUUUUUUAGAGAUCGUAAUGACAGAAUUCCCUGCCUUUUCAUGUACUUCAACCAGUGAAAUUCCUACCCUUUUUUAUUCCAGAAACCUGAAAAAGAUACCCCUCCUGGGUGGAGCCUCCCCGUAUAGGUCAUUAUAGAGAGUUCCCAACCGGGAUGGCUUACCCACUUGCCUUCAGCCAACCUCCAGAGUGAUGAAAUCUGGAUACUUUUUUUUUGCACUUCCCUUCGUCCUCCGUCAUUACCCCAUUCCUAAUGAAAACACAUGCAUACAGACUCAGACCCCAAAUGACCUUUGUCGUGGUUAAACAAAAAUGAAGAAAACAAUAUUUGGCAGUGGUGAAAAAACUAACCAAAAAGGGUUGCCGCCAACCAUGGCCAAGGAGCGGGCUUGAAGCUACUUCUGAUGUUGAUGAUUAACUAUGGAAUCUUGAUUUUUCGAACCAAAUGAGGGAAAGUAAACCUGUAAACUGCUUCGAAUAAUCGGAAGGCUUGAAAAAUUGGGGGGUAAAAUUACAGUGUUUGACUGGUGAAGGGAAGUUGGGCUUUGGUUCAAAUUAGGUUAAAUUUCGAAAUACCAAGGUUUCGAGAAAUCAGGGGAGAAUGCAAUUGUAUUAUGACUUAGGCCUGAGAUUUCAAGUCCGGCGCACUUAUAUAUCUCAGCCUUUGUCAAGCUCGUAUUUUAAUGCUGUGAAACACUUGAAGGCUGAACUUAAAGGUCGUUUUCUAGAGCUAGGGCUCGCUCCUUUUCCGUGUAGUCGCCAUCUUGUAAUUUUGAAAGCGCGGAAAGAUUGGCGAAAGUAGAUGGGCAUAGAGAGUAGAACUUAAGGGGUUUUUCUUCUCAUGAUUUUGUUAUAACAUAGAGUUAUCAUAAAUACACAAAAAAACUUAAAGAAUGAAGUGGUAGAUGGGGAAAGGAGAAGAAAUUCUCGCCUUUCUCUACCCAAGUCAGGGGCUGGUCGUUUAUGACCUGUGACAGGGGAGGAGGGGGGGGGGGAGGCCAUCUUGCUGGGGCGUCAUUUUCAAAAUCGUGAUUGGUUUUGGGGAGCUAUGUUCGGAUAAGGGAUCGUUACAUGGGAACUUUUUUCAAUUAGUACAAAAGCAGAAACGAGCGUGAAUUGAAAUUGAAUGUAACGGCCAUAAGUAGUAAACACUGUUCCUAUAAACACGACUGUAGAUUAAGUAUGUGGUGAACUUCAGCAUGUAGCUAGAACAUUCGUUGUUCUACAGCAAUCAGUUGGGGGGGGGGGAGGUUCACUUUCACAACAAAAAAAAGGUAAGAUGAAGUGGGAGGUCGGUUUGAAAAUCUUCUAAGCUUUUUCAAAAUGGCCAGUCCCCCACCCCUCCUACCUCACAGGCAAUAAAAGACCAGCCCCUCUCCUCCUUCCAUUCUGUGCAUGGCUUGCGCCUCUCAUUGGCUCCUUGAUCCCUCUAACCAUAAAUGGGCUUGCAAUUUUAAGGGUUCCACACUUCCUAACGCCAAACAUUACUCCGAACAUUUUAUUUUAAUACGAGCCGAUCGGCUCCUGAUUUUAGAUAAUAAAUAAAUAAAUAAAUAAAUAAUUAUUUGGAGGUAGCACAUCCACAAAGUGGUUCUUCGUCUACCUGAUUCCUGGUCGAAUUAGAAUUUGGAAAUGUUGGUUUUUGAGGAAAGGGGGAAACCGGAGUACCCGGGGAAAAACCUCUCGGAGCAAGGGAGAGAACCAACAACAAACUUAUCUUAUGAGAGUGGUAUAAACUUUGUUCACCAGUGUAGACAGCUUUUGACUGUGUUAUAUUAGCCUGUUUCAGGCGUUCGCACUAAACUAUCUGAACGCCUGGAACAGGGUAGUGUCAUGAUCAUUUCUAUCAUUUUAAGCAGCGGCCGUGUUUUUCUGUUGUUUUAGCAAAGAGACCGUUGACAUCAUCGCAGACGCUUUAGAGUUCAUGUAUACCCCUUGGCCUGACAAAAACGAUAGAUACGCGCUAAGAAGCCAACUGGUCGACCUCAUUGGAGAUUACCUCUACUAUGCACCGAGUCAUGAAGUUGCUGAUAUUCACAGCCAAGUCGCCCCAGUUUACAUGUACGAGUUUGCUCACAAGUCCAAGAAGGCUACUCUUUAUGCGACCGCUGACUGGAUGGGAGUGGUCCAUGCAGAUAACAAGCCUUAUGAUUUUGGGAUACCAUGGCUGCCAGAGUUCUUGCCUGAUUAUGACACCGCUGAUAGAAACGUCAGUUUGUUUAUUAUGACCAUGUACGCAAACUUCGCCCGGUCUGGCGAUCCUACAGUCGGCGGUGUCGCGUGGGAGAAAUACAACUCGACUCACAGAGCUUAUUUGCAUGUUGACGUAAAUCCAAAGAUGACGGCGUCAUUUAAUCCUCGCCGAAUGUCUUUCUGGAAUGAUUAUCGCCCUAAACUAGCCCAACUGAAUUUUGAUAGCAAUAAAAAUUUGGUCAGCAGUGCUAGUUCAGUUGUUGUUACAGGAGCAAUUUUGAAAGUCGCUGCCUUAUCCAUUUUACUGUUGUACUAGUACCCCUUGAGAUUGCGGUUGCUAAUGUGAUAUGAAAAAGAAGUUGAUCAUAUAAAUAAAUAUAUUGAUAUAAAAUGAAUAAAUGAAAGGAUUUAUCCACUGAAUUGCUAGUCCACCGCAUUAUUGACAGA